UCGGUCUCCUUCUCUCUGCGCCUCUCUUGUCCCAUUUCCAGAUAUCUCCCCUUCUCGAGCUCUGCUGAUUACUGACCCCGCGGGCCGGGGCAAGAGACAGUGAUAUACUUGAGACUACACCCUACAAGGAGCCAGCCAACCCCAGCUCUCCCCACCAAUAAAAGGACCCAGGAGGAUCAGAGAGACCAGACCAAGAGACUCCUAAGCCUCACACUCCGCAGCCCACAUCAAUCUUUGCGACUUCUCCGACUCUGCUCAGAUUCACAGGAUGUCCUGCCGCUCCUACAGAAUCAGCUCAGGAUGUGGAGUCACCAGGAACUUCAGCUCCUGCUCGGCUGUGGCCCCCAGAACAGGCAACCGGUGCUGCAUCACCGCCGCCCCCUACCGAGGAGUGUCCUGCUAUAGGGGAAUGCCAGGCUUCAGCAGCCGCAGCCUCUGUAACCCGGGGUCCUGUGGGCCCCGCAUGGCUGUUGGGGGCUUCCGCAGCGGCUCCUGUGGACGCAGCUUUGGCUACCGCUCAGGCGGAGUCUGCGGCCCCAGCCCGCCCUGCAUCACGAGCGUGUCCAUCAACGAGAGCCUCCUCACGCCCCUCAACCUGGACAUCGACCCCAACGCGCAGUGCGUGAAGCACGAGGAGAAGGAGCAGAUCAAGUGCCUCAACAGUAGGUUCGCUGCCUUCAUCGACAAGGUGCGCUUCCUGGAGCAGCAGAACAAGCUGCUGGAGACCAAGUUGCAGUUCUACCAGAACCGUGAGUGCUGUCAGAGCAACCUGGAGCCUCUGUUCGAGGGCUACAUCCAGACGCUGAGGCGGGAGGCCGAGUGUGUGGAGGCCGACGGCGGGAGGCUGGCCGCAGAGCUCAACCACGUGCAAGAGGUCCUGGAGGGCUUCAAGAAGAAGUAUGAAGAGGAGGUAGCUCUGAGAGCCACAGCAGAAAAUGAGUCCGUGGUUCUAAAGAAGGACGUGGACUGUGCCUACCUGCGGAAAUCAGACCUGGAGGCCAAUGGGGAGGCCCUACAGCAGGAGUUAAGCUUCCUGAAGCGCCUCUAUGAAGAGGAGAUUCGUGUUCUUCAAGCCCACAUCUCAGACACUUCAGUGAUUGUCAAGAUGGACAACAGCCGGGACCUGAACAUGGACUGUGUCGUUGCUGAGAUCAAGGCUCAGUAUGAUGAUGUUGCCAGCCGCACCCGGGCAGAAGCUGAGUCCUGGUACCGCACCAAGUGUGAAGAGAUGAAGGCCACAGUGAUCCGGCAUGGGGAGACCCUGCGCCGCACCAAGGAGGAGAUCAAUGAGCUGAACCGAAUCAUCCAGAGGCUGACAGCUGAGAUAGAGAACGCCAAGUGCCAGCGUGCCAAACUGGAGGCUGCUGUGGCCGAGGCAGAGCAGCAGGGAGAGGCGGCCCUCAACGAUGCCCGCUGCAAGCUGGCUGAGCUGGAGGGCGCCCUGCAGAAGGCCAAGCAGGACAUGGCCUGCCUGCUCAAGGAGUACCAGGAGGUCAUGAACUCCAAGCUGGGCCUGGACAUCGAGAUCGCCACCUACAGGCGCCUGCUAGAGGGCGAGGAGCACAGGCUGUGCGAGGGCGUGGGCUCCGUGAAUGUCUGUGUCAGUAGCUCCCGUGGUGGCAUCACCUGUGGGGGCCUCACGUUUGGCACCACCCCAGGGCGCCAGAUCUCCUCAGGCCCCUCUGCCACUGGGGGGAGCAUCACGGUGAUGGCCCCUGACUCCUGCAGCCCCUGUCAGCCCCGUUCCUCCAGCUUCAGCUGUGGGAGCAGCCGGUCGGUGCGCUUUGCGUAGGGCGGGGGCCUCUUGCCAAGUCACCUGCCCUGCCUCUGACUGCCUGGCACUGAGUGAUGUGUGAAUGGAAAAUGUGUGCUUGCUUCCAGAAUCUUCCAGAUGUUCCUACAGAGGGAAAAACCCUUGGGCCACUCUCCCCCACCUUCUCAUCUUAGGGAGCUGCUCCCUAGUUCUCUCCACUUCAGUAAAAGGGUCACUCCCAGCCCUUUGCUUAGCUCCAACUUUGGCUCCAGACCCCUGUAUGUGAUUCACAAGGCUCUCUGGAACACUAUUGGUCACCUGGGGUGGCUGGACAGUCCUUGGCCUUCCCUGGUUCAAGCCAUGAUCCUAACCACCUAGCCAGGGUUCCAACAGUCUGAGAAUCAGAGAAGUGUCCCCUUCCCCCAGCAGAUGGCCAGCACUGACAGUUCAUUGUUGGCUGAGUUUGCCUGUCUCUCUGCCUGCCUUCCUCUGGGUGACCCUGCUCCAGCCAGACUCCUUAUGUGAUCUGCAGUGAGCGGCCCAUUGUCAUGAGAAUCCUUUUGCCUACAGCCUCUGGGUUAGGGGACUUUGAAGGUCUUGCUACCCGGUGCACAUUUAUACAUUUCAAAGACUCCACAGUUGCUCCAAAUGUCCCUCUGCCAGGUGCAGGAGGGUACUGUCCAAUGCAGAGCUGAUGGGGUAGAGAACAUUAGGCCAUUUCCCGGGUUUCCCUCUGGUUAUGUUUGUGGGUACCUUGUCUUCUGGGUUGUUCCAAUCUGUUGUUUCAAUAAAUGCUGCU